AUGUUCGACCCGGAAGAUAUCUGGGAUAAAUGGAUCGUUCACUUGGAAGAAUACUGGUCGGGCACUCCUCCGGGAUUUGUAGCAGACUUCCUUUUCUAUUGUCGCAAUCCGUUUAAAAUGUUUAAUGCAUAUUAUUUCGACGAUUAUGAUUACGAUUUCACCGGUGUUAACAUUCAAAAAGCUUGUAUUGAGUGGCUUCAUUACAUUUAUUUUGAAAUAGAGGACUACGAAUACAAUGGCGACUGUGAAUUUGGCCAGAUAGAGGAACCUUGGGAUGAAUUUUUGUUUCCCUUUUCUACUUCUAACGAUCUCAAACCCAACACGCGGCUUUCUGAUAUAGAGAACCUGGAUGUUUUGGAAGAUCUUCUCAUGAUUAUGACAUCAGAGCCAAUAAAAGUAGAUGUUCAAGUGGAAUUGGUGAGCUUGAAUGAGAUGAACUUGGCGGAUAGUUACAUGGAUACAACGAUUGUUCUUUACACUUCCUGUGAAGAUCCAAGACUGAAGUGGUAUCGAGAAGAGUUCAACAACACGCAAAAAAUCAUCAUUGAUCCCAAUCUCGUCUGGACGCCGCCGAUUGAAAUAGUUAAUCUUGUUCAAUGGGGAAAUUACGGAAUAGUAGAAGACUACAGUUGCCGUGUAAAUUAUCGAGGCAAAGUAAGCAUGGCCCGUAAGCUUUCGAUCGCCACUGCAUGUGAUAUGAGUCCGGCGCUCUAUCCUUAUGAUAUUCAAGAAUGUCAUAUCAUGAUAUCCACCCCUGGUUUUUCAAUGGAUUUAUUUGAGAUUUUCGUCAACAAGUGGAUACGCAAAAAUGGCAAAACUCUUACACAGGAAUGGAUAAGUGAAAAGAAACUGGGCUACAAUGAGACGAAACUCGAAGCAUUGCAAAAUGUAUUUUACGAUGCGAAUCCGGAGUGGACCUUUCUAGGAUACCAAUUCAAUGAUGCAGCGAUUACUGGAAUUAGCGGGAAGGAAUAUUCUAGAGUCGUAGUCUCUUUCGCGAUUGCCAGAAAUACCGCUUUUUACCAGCUGACGUUAUUUUUGCCUAUUGUAUGCAUCAGCAUCUUGGUCGUUCUUGGCAUUUGGAUGCCGGUUGGGGAGCAGAUUGGCUUCCAAGUUACAAUGUUGCUAACAAUGGUUGUCUACCUCGAUGUUCUAGCUAGUUCCGUCCCAAUUUUCAAGGACAUAUCAAUCGCGCCACGAUUACUGGUCAUGUUCGUCACAAUAACUCUUGGAAGCGUCGUCGCUCAUUUCAUCACUACGAUCAAUCUUUGGUGCCACGAAAAAUCAUCUGACACUGUUUUCUCUUUCACCCAAUUUCGGGCAAAAUUUGCCUGCGGACUUGCGAAGUUCUUCGAAAUCCUGAAACAACGAAAAUACAGACUUCCGACCGUCGUAGCUAAACUGGCUAAUGGCGACGAAGUUGAUGACAAAGAGAACGAAGAAGCGUUUCAAGAAGCUUGGGCGUUUUACGGGAAGAUGUUUUCUCAUUUGUGGGGCUUGAUUCUUUCUGUUCUUAUUAUUUUUGCCAUGGUAGUGAUUAUCAUUGAUCUGCAUGUUGAAAGUGCUCAAGCAAAAGAUAAAUUUCUUUUUCAAUAA